CUUUCAGUCUCACGAUUCUCAAUUUCGAUCAAUAGGUACAUAACUCAAGACACUGAGGUCAGAUGACAGACUCACUCGGGUAGGCCGACAACGAACAAAUAGUCUGGAAGACUUAAACACGACGGCAGAAUGUCGUCUGAUGAUGGAAUUGACCAUCCUUUCGAUGAUAGCUCACUGUCGGACCUCACUACCAACCCUCCUUGGCCACUCCUAAGUCGGGUUCAACAGACACAAAUAGAAAGGAGGUACUUUGAGGAUGGCGCAACUAUACAUUUCGAAAGAUUACCCAGCUUUCAGUUUUGGGCGCCCCUUGUAUUCAUGAGGGAAUCCUUUCGUGUCGUCUACGUUACCAACAAGACUAUUCAAGCGUCUAAGCUUUCCCAGCGCCGCUUGACUGCUGGUGAAGUUGACGCUACCAGUGAGGCUGCCGCCAAUUCAGCCCGAUUCCUUCCUUGGAUUCACCCUGUUUCCUUGAUAAUUGCUUCUUCUAUAUGUUGGAGGACUAGACAAUCCUUCAGGUUUCCACUCUACCAGCCAAAGAAAGGGAAAUUUAAUCCUCGCAUCUUUCCCACUAAACGUCUUCCCAUUUUUACGGGCGUUAAGGCCGUCUUCGCCUGGCAUGUGUCUCGGUUCUUUUGCUAUUUCCCUUUUAACCUAAUCGGAUCCCUUGUUUUCUUUACCUCUGUAGCAGAAACAUCAUAUGACGCGCGCUUAUCCAGAGACCCGCGCCUAAAGGACUGGCUCGCAGAUGUUAGAAGAAAUAAACUUAACAGGCUUUCUCAUAUGCAGCGCGAGAAUCAGGGGGCACAACGAAGCUUUCCAGUAUUUCCGGGUCCCGAUCCUCAGUCUUCCCAGAGGAUUCCCGCUCCCCAAUAUCCACGUGAUAAAUAUUCUUCAGGGUCGGGAGAUGAAGUGCCCCGAGAAUAUGGAAAUGAUACCUUUACUGGUCAGUCAGAAAGCAGCCCCGACGGAUUAGCCUCGGAAGUCAGCAGGAGUCCAUCAACGUCCUCCUCGGGUUCCGGUUCGCGGCAUACAGAAGAUGACUCGGAUCUGUUCGAUGACGACGAUGCUUCGCCAGUCCCAGCCGCGUUAAGGAAAGCAGAGGCGCAACAAACUCGUGACUACCAGGGUGGCUCCUCUUGGGAUCGGGUUAGACAACAGUCACAAUCCGAAAGUGCUCAAUGGACUCGGGGAGAUUCGUCCGGCCAGGAAAGAGGUUGGGGCCGACUGCGGCAGGAUAAGACGCAAAAUCCCCGGGAUAGUCAGCCAAAGACGGAGGGCUUCGCAUACACAGAGCAAGAUGAGGACAAAGAAAACAAGACCUAUGAAAAAGAACAGGCUCAGAAAGAAUUCGAUGCGUUACUAGAAGCCGAGAGACGUGGCGGAUCGAACAGAGGGUAGGGCUAGGACGGGGAACAUCGGUCAAUGGCAGAAACGAAAGGCCUAUGCAAUACUAGCACACAGGUAUGUCAGAAAAGAAGUGAGCAAUUACGUUAUGGAUAUCAUGGUCUUUGACGAUACACGCCUACAUAAGUUCAUAGUUAUAUGCUAAAUUGCAUUGUUUUCCUA